CAACAUGACAAGGGGCGCUACGAGCCCGCAUGGCUCCGAUAACUCGUCGAUAAGCAGCCAAGAUGGCCAAGCGCGCCGUGCGCUGGGCGGAGGCCGUCGACGUCGAGCAGACCACGCGCCAGUGGGCAGCCCCAGCACCACCCGCAGCAGGCGCGGGCCGCCCUCGGGGCGUCGGCGGAGGAGGCGGAGGCGCUCCACCACCAUCAUCACCAUCGUGCGCCGUGUGCGGCGGCAAGCCCACAGAAGGCGCCGCCCUACCGUGCUGCGCGCGGCCGCUCUGCGGCAGCUGCGGCGUGCCGCGCCGGUGUCCCCGCUGUAAGGCUCCGGUGCCGACGAGCGAGGCAGCCAUCGCCGCAGCGCUGCAGCGAGCAGCGACCGACUGCGCAUCCGCGGCGCGGCGCCUGGGCGUGGCCUACGCGAAGGGCGAGCUCGGCCUCGCGCAGGACGAGCGCCGCGCCGCGCAGCUCUACAAGGCCGCCGCGGCGCGGGGCGACGCCGCCGCGCAGCACAAUUUGGGCUUGAUGUACAUGAGCGGCGGCAAGGCCCCAAAGGCCCUCAAGUGGUUCCGGGCCGCUGCGGCGCAGAACCACGCGCCCUCCGUGUACAACCUCGCGACGGCGUACGCGUUCGGCACAGGCGUGCCGCGCGACGCCGACGAGGCUUCAACGUUGUAUCGGCGCGCGGCGAUGCUCGGAAGCGCCGACGCGGCCUACGCGCUCGGGCGCCUCGAGCCCGACGCCGUCGCUGCGCGCGAGUACUUUGUGGUCGCGGCGCGGCGGGGGCACCGGCUCGCCGCGGCGGCGCUGCGUGAGGGGUAA